AUGACUGAUCAAACCAUCCAGACUAUUCACUCUUUCUUGCAGGAGAACAACAGCGAAGUCUCAUCGGGUGGGACCGUGAAGAGCUACAGUCAUGACACUGGCUCAGGCUCUGUCCUAUGUGUUGUGCAUGGCUGGCCUCAAAGCAGCUACAUGUGGCGUCACGUAAUUGCAGACUGGAAAGACAAAAUCUCCCUCUUCGUAGUCGAGCUCCCAGGCUACGGCUUCUCCUCUCUACCGCCCAAACACGGCAAACGCACAGUCGGUAACCUCAUCAUCGAAGCCCUCCAACAAGUUUUUGGCAAAUCCCGCCCAGUUACCUGGUGCGGUCAUGACCGCGGCGGUCGUGUCGGGCACCGCCUCAUCGUUGACAACAACCCCGCCCACAACAUCACCUCCGCCAUCCUGAUGGAUAUCGUCCCCACCACAGAACAAUGGAAAGUCUUCUCCAACCCGGCCGCAAGCGCAGCAUACUACCACUGGCCAUUCUUGGCGAUCAACACUGCUCCGCAGCUGAUUGAGAAAAUGGGCGGUGGCGAGUUCGUGCGCGUCAACCUAGAUCGCGCGAAAGGUGGGAACGCCGCAGGCACGGCAAAGUUCAAGGAGAAUGAUGCGGUGGCACAUUACGCACACCAGUUCAACAAUGCCGAGUGCAUUGCUGGAUCGUGUGCGGACUACGCCGCUGGUGCGACGGAAGAUGUUGCGGAGCAGGAGAAGGAUCAGAGAGAGGGGAGGAAGGUCAAGGUUCCGUUGAUGGUGAUUUACUCCGCCACCAAUCUUGGAAGAAUGCAUGAUGUGCCCAAGGCGUGGGGCGCGUGGGUUGAGGGUGGUGAGUCGGCGGUGAGGUUCGAGGGGAUUCCGGAUGGGUUUGGACAUUAUCUACCUGAAGAGUGCCCAGAGCGAGUUACGCCUUUGGUAUUGGAGUGGGUGGAGAAGUAUGGAAAGGCGGAGUGA